GCUAAGCUUUAAUUAAGAAACGUCAACGUUGCUAACAACUGCACAAAGAAGGACGGAAAGACCUUUGUGACCAAGGAUGUGGUUGUCAUGGAAACUCUUGCUGUUUCUGUCACUCACUGGCUGUCUUUCAGAUCAUUCAGAAGCUGUUCCUGGUCUCCCCACAUCAUAUGCUGCUAUCCUAAGAAUCAAAUCCGGUGGUUCAUCUUUAGCCUCAUUUAAUUCAAAGAACAGACCACGGUUAAGCAGUCCUUCAUUAGGAAGUGUAUCUUCACCAGGCUGGAGGGGAGCCACCCAACAUUAUCACUCCCCAACAAACCUCUACCACUUCUCAGAGACCUUCAAACAUGAUGAAAGUGUUGAUUAUGGGCCGGUGUUUGUACAAGAGCCAGAUGAUAUAAUUUUUCCAACUGAUUCUGAGGAAAAGAAAGUGUCUCUGAAUUGUCAAGCACGUGGAAAUCCUACUCCUACAUACAGAUGGCUUCGAAAUGGAACUGAAAUCGACAUUGAAAGUGAUUAUCGCUUCAGUUUAAUAGAAGGAAGUUUGAUCAUCAGCAACCCCAGUGAAAUGAAAGAUUCUGGACAGUACCAAUGUUUAACUACCAACAUGUUUGGCAGUAUUUUAAGCAGAGAGGCUGUUCUUCAGUUUGCAUAUCUGGGGAAUUUUAGCGGUCGGACAAGAAGUGCUGUGUCUGUACGCGAAGGCCAAGGAGUUGUUCUGAUGUGCUCCCCUCCACUUCAUUCUCCAGAGAUCAUCUAUAGCUGGGUAUUUAAUGAAUUCCCAUCUUUUGUGGCAGAAGACAGCAGGCGUUUCAUCUCUCAGGAGACAGGCAAUCUCUACAUAUCCAAGGUGCAAACAUCCGAUGUUGGCAGCUACAUAUGCCUGGUGAAAAACACAGUGACAAAUGCCAGAGUUUUGAGUCCUCCUACGCCUCUGACACUGAGAAAUGAUGGUGUGAUGGGGGAAUAUGAACCAAAAAUUGAAGUCCAUUUUCCUUACACAGUUACAGCUGCAAGGGGAACUACUGUUAGGAUGGAGUGUUUUGCACUUGGAAACCCUGUUCCAACAAUCACUUGGAGGAAAGUUAAUGGUCAUAAUCCAAGUAAAGCUCGCCUGAGAAAAUCCCAAGCUGUGCUUGAAAUACCUAAUGUGCAGCUAGAGGACUCAGGAAUGUAUGAAUGUAAGGCUGAAAACUCUCGUGGAAGAAAUGUCUUCAGAGGACAGCUACAAGUAUACACCUACCCACACUGGGUGGAGAAGCUCAACGAUACCCAACUGGACAGUGGAGAGCAGCUCCGAUGGGAAUGCAAAGCCACUGGAAAGCCAAGGCCCACUUAUCGCUGGCUGAAAAAUGGAGUUCCUCUCUGGCCACAGAGCAGGAUUGAGAUGAUUAAUGGUGUUCUGAUGAUCCAAAAUGUGAAUGUCUCAGAUGCUGGAAUGUAUCAGUGCUUAGCAGAAAAUAAGUAUGGUACGAUUUAUGCCAGUGCUGAGCUGAAGAUUUUAGCUUCAGCUCCCACUUUCCCACUCAAUCAAAUGAAGAAAACAAUAAUUGUGACCAAAGGCCAAGAAGUUGUCAUUGAGUGCAAGCCAGACGCCUCUCCAAAGCCAACUAUCACUUGGAAGAAAGGCGACAAAGUAUUAAGGGAGAAUAAGAGGAUAACUAUUCUUCCACAUGGGAGUCUGCGAAUCCUGAAUGCUUCCAAGUCUGACGAAGGGCGGUAUCUAUGCCAAGGUGUGAAUGUAUUUGGAUCUGCAGAAAUUAUUGCAUCAGUAUCUGUUAAAGAACCUACAAGAAUAGAGCUGACUCCCAAGAAGAUUGAGCUAACGGUUGGAGAGAGCAUCGUCCUCAGCUGCAAAGCUCUUCAUGACAGCACCAUGGAUGUCACCUUCUACUGGACCCUCAAUGGGCAGCCAAUUGACUUUGAGAAAGAGGGUGGACACUUUGAAAGCAUCAAGGCACAAGCGUCCUCUGCAGAUUUAAUGAUCAGGAACAUCCUCCUGAUGCACGCGGGCAGAUACGGUUGCAGGGUCCAGACCGCAGCGGACACCGUGUCGGAUGAGACAGAGCUGCUUGUUAGGGGUCCUCCUGGUCCCCCAGGGGUUGUAAUAGUGGAGGAAAUUACAGACACAACAGCAACACUCUCCUGGAGUCCUGGGGCAGACAAUCACAGCCCUAUCUCCCUCUACAACCUGCAAGCACGCAGUCCAUUUUCUCUUGGCUGGCAGACCGUAAAAACAGUUCCAGAUCUGAUAAGUGGUGACAUGGAGUCUGCUAUGGCUGUGGAACUGAACCCUUGGGUGGAGUAUGAGUUCAGAGUAGUAGCAACCAAUAAAAUUGGGACUGGAGACCCAAGUGCACCAUCACGAGUGAUCAGAACUAAUGAAGCAGUGCCAAAGACACCUCCAGCUAAUGUGAGUGGCAGAAGUGGAAGGCGACAUGAAUUAGUAAUAGCAUGGGAGCCAGUGUCAGAAGAGUUUCAGAGUGGAGAAGGAUUUGGAUAUAUUGUAGCCUUCAGACCCAAUGGGACACGUGGGUGGAAGGAAAAAAUGGUGACAUCUUCAGAUGCCUCAAAAUUCAUCUACAGAGAUGAAAGUGUGCCACCUCUGACUCCUUUUGAGGUGAAAGUUGGUGUUUACAACAACAAAGGAGAUGGUCCCUUCAGCCCUAUUGUGGUCAUCUGCUCAGCUGAAGGAGAACCCACUGCUGCUCCCAUCGAUGUCAAAGCUACGAGUUUGUCUGUAUCAGAGAUUCUUGUUGCGUGGAAACAUAUUAAAGAAAGUCUAGGAAGACCACAGGGAUUCGAGGUUGGUUACUGGAAGGACAUGCAGCAGGAAGAAGCAGCAGAAAAGGUCAAAACAGAGGGAAAUGAGUCAUCCAUCCUCCUGACAGGAUUAGAAGGAAACACAUUAUAUCACCUAACAGUGAGAGCAUACAAUGCUGCAGGGUAUGGACCACCUAGCACUGCUGUGCAUGCAGCAACCAAAAAAUCCCCUCCCAGCCAAGCACCAGGCAAUAUUAUGUGGAUACAGGAUGGCUCUCAUGUGUCUCUUGGGUGGGAGCCAGUCAGACCUCUAGCUAAUGAGUCGGAUGUAAUGGGAUAUAAGGUGUUAUUUCGGCAAGAGGGCCAGAGCAAUAGCCAAGUUAUAGAAACACAAAAAACCUCUGCAGUGGUACUUCUUCCUGAUGUUGGGGUCUACAUCAUUGAGGUCUGUGCAGUCAGUGAAGGAGGGGAUGGGACUGCAAGUCCCCAGAUCAGAGUUCCAUCUUUUUCAGGAGGGAAAGUCACAAGUGCUCAGUCCACCUUGCAUGUGUUGUCUACUUCCUCAUCCUCUGUAACACUGCUUUUGGCACUGAUGGUACCUUCGACCUCAUGGUGAAGGCUGCAGACUUUGUUGUUGUUGUUAUUUGUUUGCUUUAACUUGAUGACACCAAGGGAUGGAGUUUUAUGUCCAUGGAGAAACUGAAAACCCAAGCUAGUGCUUAAAGACCCAUCAAAAUGCCUGUGGUGCACUUAGAGAAGUGUUGGAGACACGGUCAAUAAUUCAUCAGGUUUUUAUCUCUUUUUAUUUGUAAAAGUCUUCUGGGGAGGAGACCCUUCUUGGCCCAAAAAUAUGCAGAUUGUAUGUAAUAAACUUUUGUAAGCAAAGGUAACUGAUGUCAAAUGUAUUUUCCUUUUUUAAUAUGUUCAAAUUUGGUGAAUCUAGUCAUGUAUCAUCAGGUAUUUAAAGGAUGGUGUCUAGUACAGUACACCUGUGUGGUUUGGAGAAAAGAAAUCCUUUUUUAAAUAUAGAAAAAAGUUUGAUACAGGUUGCUACUACUGACAAGGAAGAAAAGCAGCGUUUAUAUGCAAAGACCUCUGCAAAAGUAAAGAAGAGCUUGUUCUAAAAAUAUAUAAUAUGUAAUAAUUGUCAAUGAAAUGCUAGACUGCUUACCCCAGAAUGUAGCAAAAUGGAGCAGAAAAUCCAUUUAUUUUAUUACCAGGUAAAUGGAAAAUUAUUUAACACAAGCUUAGGAAGAAAACCGGUUGGUUUUUAUCAAAUACCACAAGCUUUUAUGUCCAAUGGAAUUUUCAAUAGAAAAUAAGAAAUCAAUUCCUA